UGCUUCACUUAAAUCCAGAGCUUGUUGGGAAUAGUAAGGAAAUGAAAUGGCAAGAUAACGGAGGAGAAAGAAAAUGCAUCUUGGUUUGAUGUUACUUUAGAGAGUCUAGCACUGACGGUUUAUGUCAGGCCAUACUUGAGGUUUUACGGUGUGAGCAGCAAGUUUACAGAGGAGCACUCGAAGACACGCAGCGAUGAGAGAGACUAUGUGGAUUUAUGUCUUGAUCCUGUUCUUGUCUGAAACACGGAGCGUGGAAUCAGGAACUACUGAAAGCCCCUCUGUGAACACCACUUUUCCUCCUAUCAAUGAACGCAGAGAUGCAAUUUUCAAUAAUGGGAGAGAUGUUAAUCUGACGUGCAGUGAUAAGAUGUGGAAUGAGACAUUUUAUGUUAUCUGGACCAUAGAAUUGAUUAACAAAGACCCUUGCACGAUCAAAUUUAACAGCGACGGUCAAAACACAGACACCUGCAAUGAUGGAAAGUCACUCCGAAACACAUCCAGUGCUCAGCCAUAUCUACACAUCCCAAAGUUCUCAAAAAAUGAUGUGGGGAUCUACACGUGUGAGUUUGCUUACAGAGGAGGAGCUACUAAUUGUAAAAUCUACGUGAAUAUCAUAGUUACUCCUGUAAUGAAAGCCUGGUUAGAGCACAAAGACAACACAACGGUAGCAGUAUGUAUAGCUGAAAAUGGAAAUCCUGCAGCCAACAUCAGCUGGAGUCAUGCACGAAAUUCUUCUGUGGAACAACUGCCUGGGAAAAAUGGACGUUUUACAGUAGUAAGUCGUCUGGAGCUUCCUGAAGGCAUGGAUCCAAAAAACCUGAGCUGCAUCAUCAGUCACCAGAACUUGACUGAGAUUCUGUUUCCAGAAUUUCAAAAAGUCAAAGUUUCUCUCUGGCUGUAUGCACUCAUAGCUGGGAUAAUAAUUGCAUUUUUAGCGGGAGUCUUAUUUUUUGUGGUCAUGAAGCUGAGGCAACACCAACAGUCAGAUACCUCCUCCUCCAAAUCCCCACCGAUAGAGGAUGUGGAGGAAGUGGAGCCCUAUGCUAGCUAUGUUCAACGUGUGAACUCUAUCUAUAACUGAUCUGCAGAUAUGUUCACAAUGACAAAAGAAAAAGAAAAAAGACUGUGCACAUGCAUCACAGCCUAAAUGCAACAAGUCUUUGUGAGAAACUGAGGGCUGUGAAACUGAGAAAGGGUGAAAUAGUAAAGAGAGGGAAAGAUCAAAGAUUUUCUCUGAAAGAGGAAAGUUUCUCACUUUAAAUGUAUCCUAAUAAACACUUAACUAAUGGAACGGGGGAUGUACCUGAUGUCUGCCCACCACUUUGUGUGGGUCUCAAGGAGAACAUUAACUAAAAAAUGCACUGAACUGCUGAAAUGAGGAGGCUCUUGAGCUACAUGCAGCAUGUAAGACUACAGAACUACAGACUUUUGAUAAUGCUGAUGAAAUAUAUUGGCUAGAAUUAUGUACAAAUACACUUAUUUAUACAUUAACAGUUAAAUAGAUAAUCAUUUCUUACAUAGAAUCAUGCUGGAGUGGCUACAGUACAAGCACCAAGCAACGAAAACAUGCAUUUUAAUCACACAGCUGUCUCAAGGUAAUGUGGACAAUGCCAUGUGAAGUAUUUAUGUUAUGUAUUGAUGUGAGAUGAUAUGAUUCUUUGUAUUAAAGUACAUGUAUAAAUGCUGACUUCAUUUUAGCUACAUUCUUCAGAC